GGUUUUACAUAUUUUAUGAUCAUGCAAUGACAUUCAGACAUUUUAAAGUGUGAAUUAAGAAUCCAAAUACUUUUUGGGGCCACUGUGUCUUUUGAAUCUGUAGGAAAAGAAUGGAUCUGAGAGGUUACUUCAACAGGAUUGGUUUUACUGGCCUACAUGACAAAGCCAACCUGGACACUUUACGCACUAUUCACAAGCUACAUGUUAUGAAUAUUCCUUUUGAGAACCUCAGCAUUCACUGUGGAGAGAAGAACACUAUGGACCUGCCAACCAUAUAUGAUAAAAUAGUCAAGAGCAAACGGGGAGGCUGGUGCUGUGAAAACAAUCUCUUGUUCUCAUGGGUCUUGAGGGAGAUGGGUUACAAAUACACCACACUGGGCUCAAAGGUGUUCAGCAAGUUCAUAAAUGAUUUCUACCCAGUUGAAUCUCAUCUGAUUAAUAUGGUGGAGAUAGAUGGGAAACCUUACAUUGCAGAUGUGAGCUAUGGAGUGUCAUGCCAGAUGUGGCAUCCUUUAGAGAUGAUCUCAGGUAAGGAGCAGCCACAGCCUCCAGGUGUGUUCCGCCUGCUAAAUGACAAAAAGCGAUGGAUUCUAGAGAAGACUGCAUGGAAGCAAUUGGUCCAAGAUGAGGCCUUUGCUAAUUCCAGCCUCCUUGACAAGCGGCUGACGAAAACAAUGUAUUGCUUCACAUUAAAACCACGUGGUAUAGAUAAUUUCAUAGAGAUAUCAGAGUGCCUGCAGACUAGUCCAGACUCUCGGUUUGUGCUCAAAUCCAUUGUCUCCCUUCAGACACCUACAGGCUUCAGAGCUCUGAUUGGCUGGACUUUCAGUGAGGUCACAUUCAAGCCGCAGGAGGACUUAGAAUUGGUGGACAUGAAGGAAAUUCCAGACUGUGACAUAGAAACUUUGCUCAGGGAAAAGUUUAACCUGGUGUUAGUUAAUAAAUUCACACCUAAAAACAACAAGGCUAAUUAUUGCAUGUAGUACUCAAAAGUACUCAUCUGUACUAUGACCCGCUGUUUUAGAUUUAAUAUUAAAUAAAAGUGAGCUACCUAUGCCAAGUUUUGUGAGCAAACAUAUGCAUUAAUAAAGACCAUUUCACCUUUGCCACUGCAAAAGCUGGAGUUUAUGAGCCAGAAGAAGGCCAGAAAUCUAUGCCGAUCAGUUAGCAUCAGAUCAUACUGCCUUUCCUUCAAUGUCUUCAUCAAUUCCACACUUUCAAAUGAGUUUGUGGCAAGGUGAGGUGGUCCUCCUGGGGUGACAAAGGGGCGUGAACUUAUGCGUUCUUAUUUCUAUGGGUUUGACAUUAUUUAUGUUUUGUCAUCAUGGUGACCCUGUACUUAUACAACAUAUUAGCAAAUGUGUUAAUCAGUAAUAUCUAUUUCAGAAUUGUCCCAAGUAUUAUUCUAAGGUCCUUGAUGUCCAUGUUUCCUAAACAAUAGCAUUGUUUUAUUGGUUGCCAGUGUAACCACAUAAUUUCAUAGCUCGGCUAUAAGCUGAGUUAAACAAAGGUGUGAUUCACUGUCUAAUUUAUUCUGUUAAUUUUUGUUAAAGUAGCCUAUGUUUUAUUGAGUAAAGAUGGCCAAUUUUAAACAAUAUAUGUUAGGUAGGCCUAUAUCAGAAAAAGUGUAUACCUACACUUCAAAAAUAUUUUUAAGAUUUACUCAUUGCAAUUCCGUAACACGUUUCAUCUAACUUAACUGUGUAAUCUUUGACAAAAUUAAUUAAU